GUCAAUAUGCUUCAAUUAAUACCAAAGCUGAGAGAUUCCUCCUGAUUUCCAAAACUGUCUAGGUGGCCUGGGUGGUUUUCUGCCCAGCAGCAGCCUCCUACCUUUAGUUUGUGUGCCUAUAUCCAAGAGGGGGGAUUAAUUAGCCGGGCUGGAGCUGACGGAGGCUGUCGUGACGAGCCCAGUGGCGAUUGGCCGCCAGCCUGCCUGGCCCUGCCUUUAUAAUUUCCACAUGAGUGCAUCUGGGCUCUUAAGACAAACCAACAGCAGCUUCUUCUGACAUAUACACAGACGCACACUCACCCCCGACGCACACUCAGCACACUUUUCCUCCAUCCGAUUCACAGCCCGGCACACACCAUGAUCACGGGCAAGCGUAAAUAAAUACGGAAAGGGUUGAUUAUUUUGACUACUGGAAGAGCUUUGCUGGGUCUCGCCGCAACUUUUGUUUUUAUAACUGAGGUGAUCUCUGCACGCGUUUCUCUCACACAAGGAAGGAUUCUUUAAAAGAGGAAGAGAGACGGAGAGAGAGAGAGAGAGAAGGGGUGGGGGGAGAACAACCUUUCACUUUAAGACCGGCUGGGCUCAAAGAUAAAAGGCAGGGGAGAACAGCGCGAGGGAUUCCCCGGCCGCCGCCGCACUUCGGAGAGACGCUUCUGGUACAGUUCCGAGCGCCGCGGCCCGUUUCUCCACCGAAGUUGGCUCCAGCUCUAGCAGCCGCGUUGGAUCCCACAGCUUACUGCGAGACUCCGGUGUACAACCCGGAUCUCUGCCCCAACAUGAUAGCGGCCCAGGCCAAGCUGGUUUACCAUCUGAAUAAAUACUACAACGAAAAAUGCCAAGCCAGGAAAGCUGCCAUUGCCAAAACUAUCCGGGAAGUCUGCAAAGUAGUUUCCGACGUCCUGAAGGAGGUGGAGGUGCAGGAGCCCCGGUUCAUCAGCUCUCUCAACGAGAUGGACAAUCGCUACGAGGGCCUCGAGGUCAUCUCCCCCACCGAAUUCGAAGUGGUGCUUUACCUUAACCAGAUGGGGGUGUUCAACUUUGUGGACGACGGCUCGCUGCCCGGCUGCGCCGUGCUCAAGUUGAGCGACGGCCGCAAGAGGAGCAUGUCCCUCUGGGUGGAAUUCAUUACUGCCUCCGGCUACCUCUCGGCGCGCAAAAUCCGGUCCAGGUUUCAGACGCUGGUGGCUCAGGCGGUAGACAAGUGUAGCUACAGGGAUGUGGUAAAGAUGGUGGCGGACACCAGCGAAGUGAAACUGAGGAUCCGAGACAGGUACGUGGUGCAGAUCACCCCGGCUUUUAAGUGCACCGGGAUCUGGCCCAGGAGUGCUGCCCACUGGCCACUUCCCCACAUCCCCUGGCCGGGACCCAACCGGGUGGCGGAGGUCAAAGCGGAAGGGUUCAAUCUCUUGUCCAAGGAGUGCCACUCCCUGGCCGGCAAGCAGAGCUCGGCCGAGAGCGACGCCUGGGUGCUGCAGUUCGCGGAAGCGGAGAACAGACUGCAGAUGGGGGGCUGCAGGAAGAAAUGCCUCUCCAUCCUCAAAACCUUGCGGGAUCGUCACCUGGAACUGCCGGGCCAGCCCCUCAACAACUACCACAUGAAGACUCUGGUUUCCUACGAGUGCGAGAAGCAUCCCCGGGAGUCGGACUGGGACGAGUCCUGCCUGGGCGAUAGGCUGAACGGGAUUUUGCUGCAACUCAUCUCCUGCCUGCAGUGCCGGCGGUGUCCUCACUACUUCCUACCGAACUUAGAUCUGUUUCAAGGCAAACCUCACUCGGCUCUAGAGAACGCUGCCAAACAAACGUGGCGACUGGCGAGGGAGAUCCUGACCAACCCGAAAAGUUUGGAGAAACUUUAGAGGACAAUUUUAAUCGAGAGCCGAAAUGUGAUUAUACUAUUCAUUCUUAAAAGUUCUCAUGCAGUGUAAACUUCCUGUUCGAUUCCUAUCUAAUAUUCCACUCGGCAGUGCAAACAAUCUCUUCCUUCAAAAGGAGUGCUAAGGCAACCGCUUAAGGCAUCAUCUCACCCACCCCUCCAAGGGGAGAAAAGGUAGGGAGAGCAGAUAGAGAACACCCCAAACCCACAAGUAUUAGAAGACUUCUUUACAAAGGAUUUCCUAUCGCCCUUCAAAAGUACACAGGAACACCCGGAAAACAGCCUGGCUGUAACGCAAGACCGCAGUGAACGCUGCCUAUCAGAGGAUUAUAGCAAUCUUGGCUGUGAGUAAACAUGAUUUGGAUAUGCCAUCUGAAGGAAAGUGUAAUGUAUAUUUUGAUUUGUAACAAAUAUUGUGAGCUCACAUUGUCUUUGAAAGUGUGGAUGUUGGUGUUUUGUGAUUUGGUGAACAAAAGUCAAAUUGGCAUUUUGGAUACUUCCAGACAUUUUCCACUAACAAAGAUAUAAUUUAAAGGUAGAUUUCCUCCUGGUACUUUUAUCUGUCUUUAAAAGUGUCUGAACUUUAAAAAGUUUACAUGUUGUUUCAAAUAUAUUGCUUGUUCUAUUUCUAACAUUCCAUAAAUAUACUUGAAAUGUUAUUUAAAUAUAUUCAAAGAAAUUUGAAUUCAGCUUAUAUAAUAACGCUUGAAUAUCUGAAUUAUAUAUUUGAAAAAUGCACUUGAAAUACACUGGAUAAUUACUUUUGUGAUUUAGAUUUUAAUUUCUGUUGCUGGUUUUUAUUUAAUUAGAAGCUAAUAAAUGAAGUAAAAUAAAA